AUGAUUGUAAACUCCUCCGUACAGAUUGCAUUGUUGCAACUUAGACAACUGCCACAAUCAUUGACCAAGUUGUCUAUACUCACUGCGAUUGAGGACACCAUACCAAUACUUCCAGGCUACCUACCAAUCUCAUUGAGUCAGCUGCACUUUGAACAUAAUGUCAACUUGUCGACACCUGGCUCGCUGCCCCGAUCACUCACAUCCCUCACAUUUGGACGGAACGAUCAAGGUCCACCGGACUCAUCAAUCAACCCUCUGCCAUAUAUCACACAUCUGAAACUUGGCAGUCGAUUCCAAGACUACAUUCUCCCGGGAUCACUACCCCGAACCCUGACCUCGCUCACACUGGGCGAGGACUACAACAUGGAAUGCAUAAAAGGUGCCCUGCCCAGCAGCCUCCUUUCACUUGAGUUUGGAAACUCGUUCAACAAACGUUUGCCCAUCGGCUGGCUGCCUAGUUCGCUCACCUCUCUCAAGUUUGGCAGCGAGUUUAAUAAACCUCUGCCGAGCGGAACCAUCCCGCCAUUGGUGCGCGAUCUUAGACUUGGCGAGAUGUUCGUACAGCGUAUACGUACCGUCAACUUUCCAAACAUUCUCAAUCUACAUCUAACAUCAUUCAACCAACUGCAUUACAUUGACCGGUGCCCUGACCUUCGAUCACUGUCUUUCUCCUGCACAUACUAUUUUGACCUGCAUCCUUUCUAUCGACAACUAGAGUCUUACACCUUCUCAUACAUUCGAGAUCCGGUUUCAAAUCGUAUUGGAUUGACCACGGCACUCAAGGCAAUAGAGUCGGCACCCUUUGUCCAAACAUACAUUAUCAAACUCAAAGAGUGGACAAUCCAAUGUCGCAAGCUGGACAUGCACUUGGCAAUGUGUAUAGUCGAGGACCACAACCGUGCGCCCUACAUCAUUACCAUUCAUAUACAAUGA